AUGGCUGGCGCAGACCAAGAAUGCCACAAGCCCGGCCGUACCGCGCUAACCGUCGUUUCUUAUCCAGCGAAAUUUCAAUUCGUCGAUCAAGGUCCGGAACUGGAAAACUACUAUGCUCAAGACGACUUUGCGGUCAACUGCGCCAGACCGGUCGGGGAGGAGCAAAAGCAAGGCAAUGCAAGCUUUGAGCCAUACACACGGCUCGACAGUUCUGUUGAUGUGGGCUUAUCGCCGACUGUGCAUAGUGGACAGUCUUCGGACGUCCCGCCAUUCUUGUCCCCGACGACCUCAAAUAUUGAGACGGUCCUGGUACGUCCCGCAGAUGACAGCAAGAGACGGCGGACAGCUGACUCGACUCUUUUCCGACAGAGUACCGGCGUCGAGCAAUGGCAACAAGGAGUCUACGACCCUGUUCGUGGUUCCAGCAGCGCACACAAGUACCGAAUCUACACCACCCCGCCUAAAACCUUUAGUCCCGUGGGCUUGAACGGUAUCGUCUCAAUGGACGAAGGACGUCAUGUUUCAAAGGUGGUGGAAGCAGAAUAUCGUCGUUUGGCGGAUUCCGCUGCUGCCAUCAUUCCAGAUGACGCCUUGCUCUCACCGGCGGUAUGGAAGGAAGACUUUUAUUGGCCAAACAUCUACACCACGACUCAAUGUGCCUGUCUGAUGCGCUAUUACAUCGACCAGCUCUCAGGCUGGUUUGAUGUUGGAGAUCCAGCUCGACAUUUUGCCCUCACAGUGCCGCAACGUGCAAGGAGAUGCCCUCCGCUCUUGAACGCCAUCUUCACCGCUGCGUCACGGCAUCUGGCCAACAAUAGACAGUAUCGAUCGGCUGAUGGACUUGUCAAGUACAAUGACAUUCCCUUGCCGAAAUUGACCCAGGAAACGGCCGUGAAAUACCACAACGCAUGUAUUGCAUACCUCCUCAAACUGUCAAAUGAUCAAGAUUGCGUCCGGGAUGAAAAUCUGCUCGCCGCUACUGUUAUUCUUCGGUACUACGAGGAGAUCGACACGACAUUCAUGAGCUCGGACAGCGAUACAUUCCUCCGCCCCUUCCAGGUGUUUGUGACUGCCCAGUCCUCUCCGUAUUCACACAUCUUGGACACGGGUCAGAAUCAGGAAUUCCUUCGGCCGGGUUUAGCAGCAGGAAUUUACGCCAACACACUGUCCUACCUGAGGAGUUUCCAGCAUGCCGCAUUCCGGAAUGCCCUUCGACAGGAAACUACCACGGCGUUUCUCAAGCAACGGGCGGUUCGCCUACCCCUAGAACCAUGGACCAUCCUACAAGGCUUUGAUGAGGUUGAGGAUUUUGUUUGGGCUGACCGGCAUCUCUACCACUGUGCCAAUGUGCUGCAAUAUUGCUUCAAUGGAGCCACGACCAUGCCACACCUGACACAGAUCGAGCGAUGGAACGAACUCAAGCACUUUGAAACGCAAUGGGAGCAGGCCAAGCCGCUGUCGUUUGCGCCCAUUCAUUACCAGGAACCCGACCGAGGCAAGGGGGAGUGUUUCCCUCAUAUUUGGUACAUGGACGAAAUCCAUGUGACGGGUCUGUUAUACCUUGAACUUGCAAAGAUAUUGCUGACGGCAUACAACCCGAACAUGCCGCGAAUUGGGCCCGGAUCUUCGGCGGCGCUGGAGCAUGUCAGGAAGGAAUCAAGAGAAACCGUGAUUCGAAUAUGCGGCAUGGCCAUGUCCAAUCCCUCGUCAAGGCCCGCAAUGGUGCAGGCUUACAUGGCAGUAGCCGUGUGUGGAACUCAUUUCACCGACCUCAUGGAACAGAAGGCGUUGCUUAAAGUCCUAGACAAAUUGAACAAGGACCAUGGCUGGCCGACAGGAAAAACUGAACUUGAAUUGAAGAAAGACUGGAAAUGGUCAUCAUGA